UGUAGCAGCGGUAGCGCACGCGCGCGUCCUUCUGUCGGUGCGGGGUGCGAGUCACUGGGGUGUCGUCAGCUUGGCACGCUGAACCGAGAGGCUUGCUGUGCGAAGCUGCGCAUUUCCGCGAUGGCAAAAGCGACCCCACAGAAGUGGAAGGGGGGUAUCAAGUAUUGCUGUGUCGUGGGCUGCUACAACAAAACAGACAGAAACAAGGCACGCGAUCCACCCGUAAAACUGUAUCGGUUCCCGGGCCGGUGGUACGAUAAAGAAAGGCGAGAAGCGUGGAUCGCCGCAGUAAGGAGAAUCAAUCCAGACGGAACUUUGUGGGUGCCCAAAGAGUAUACAAGAAUUUGCAGCACUCAUUUUGUAGGCAACUGCAAGAGUGAUGUUCGCGGACAUCCAUCCUACAUCCCAACCAUCUUUCCACCUGUGUACAGAAAGAAGGCACCUGACCGGCAAAUGACACAAAGCACGAACAAGUCACAUCUUUUGGUGCAAGCGUGUGGUGCAGCAGAAGAAAGUCAUUGUGCUCCAAAGGAAGACGCGAUAUGCCAAACAGAGGAAUGUGUGACUCCAGGAAAACUAUCUAUAUUUCUCUCAGUGACAAAUGGCGCCGGGGCAUCUACUCAAGUUGUGCACACAGAAAUGAGUCACAAGGUUACAAGCACGGACGGAAAUUGGAAACGAAACUGUGGGUUUCGUGGCUUUGAGUCUCUCAAAGUAAAGGAAGAGGCACUGCAAGAUUUGUGUGGUGUGACAUUGUGACCUUCAAUAUCACGAAAUGCUUACCAGACCACUUUUGCAACAGUCAUGGAAAGGUGGCUCACCUGACUUCAGCUUGAUCUCAAGGGACUGGGCAUUGCAGAAACGCAGCGAGCCCUGCUGGGAGCACCACUGUGCUGCGCGGCCAAUCACGUUGCUGAACGGCUCGUACCUCGGGAAUGAGAAGAGGCCACCCGUCGACUGCCGCAGGGGCAC